AUGGAGAAUGGUAAACUAGCUCGGUUUACAUAUGGUGGUUUAUGCGUCGUUAGUUCUAUUUCAUCAUCUUCUACCUUCAAUCAGAUUUGCAUUGAUCUUUGUUCUAGGUUUAAGGGUUUGAGAGUUGGUUGUUUUGAGUUGCGAUAUGGUUUGAAUGAAAAUCCUAAUUGCGUGUUAGAUUGUGAUGCUGAUGUUCUGAACAUGCCGAUGGUUCUUAAUGUUGUUGGGAAAUCGAUUGUAGAAAUAUUGGUUAUAGAUAAAUGUGAUGGAAAGUAUGGUUCUUAUGGUGUGCACAAUUAUAUGUCAUGUGAAUGGGACAAUUACAUAGAAUCUGAGGGGCAAGUCUUUAGGGGAGGUUGUGUUGAUUUCCGAGAUAAGUUGAAGAAGUUUUCUGUUGAAUGUGGUUUUGAUUUGAAGUAUUUGAAGAAUGAUAAGAAUCGCAUUAGUGCAAAGUGUUCUAGGAAGGAAUCUGAUGGCUGUCUUUGGCGUGUGUAUGCAUCCAAGUGUGAUAUUAAUAACUUUUUUAUUAUUCGGAAGUUGCAUAAUCUGCAUACAUGCAAGGGUAUGAUUCGAAAGAAGAAAAACAAAGUUGUUGGCCGACAAUUUGUUGCUUCUCUCAUCAAGGAUAAGGUUCAGUCAAAUCCUCUUAUUAAACCGAAGGAGAUCAUUUCAAAUUUAAAACAGUUUUAUGGAUUAGAUAUCGAUUAUUCUACUGCCUAUUUUGGCAAACAGAGGGCAGUUUUUGAGUUAAAUGGUGUUGAUGUUGAUGCUUACAAGUUCUUGCCUCGGUAUGUUGAAUCUGCUCGUUCAAGCAAUCCUGGAUCUGUUUUUGAGCUUGAAGUUGUAUCGGAGAGCAAUAGAUUUCUUCGUUUGCUUAUUGCUUAUGAUGCAUGGAUAAAAGGGUUCAUGUUUUGUUGCCCGAUGUUAUUCAUUGAUAGUACUUUUAUCAAGAGCAAAUACAAGGGAACACUUGUGUCUUGCUGUGCAAAAAAUGGUAACGAUGAGAUUUUUGAGCUUGCUUAUGCUAUUGUUGAUUCAGAAACGAUAGCAAAUUGGAGAUGGUUCUUGGCAAUAUUAUCUGGUAUAUUGAGGCCUCAAAGGAGGGUGAUCACAUUUAUGUCAGAUAGACAUGAUGGUAUUUUGAAGAGCAUUCGAGAAUUCUUUCCCGAGUGUCCACAUUCAUUUUGUAUUGUUCAUUUGAAACAGAAUGUGAGUACUUUAUUUCCAAAGGCUGCUGGUGAAAGACUAAAGAAGAAAAUGAUGAAUCUAUUGGCAAAUUGUGCGUACGCAUGUACCCCAUCUGAUUUUGAUGAUUGCAUGGCUGAAUUCAAGGAUAAUGGGCAAGGGCAUGUGAAGAAUUUUUUGUGUGAUUUGCCAAAAGAGAACUAUGUUAUUGCCCAUUUUCCUGGUAAGAGAUGGGGAUCGAUGAGCAAUGCACUUUCAGAAUCUUUUAACGCCAUGGUGUCGAAUAGUCGUUGUAUGCCACUUAUGGAUCUUCUUGAAGACAUUAGAGUUCGGUUGAUGGGUAGUAUGGCUGAGAAAAGAAUAUUUGGUCAGAAUAUUCAUACGAUUUUGUGUCCAAAGAAAGAAAAUGAGAUGAAGUUGAUGUUGAAGGAGGGCAUGCAUUGGAGGAUUAGUCGUUCUGAUGCGGAUGUUUUUGAAGUUAAGACAGAGUGGAAUCGGUGUUGCAACAUGAUAAUCGUGAUGUUUUUUUAUUACGUUGAUGAUUACUGGAAAGCAAGUUUUUAUCGGAAAACAUAUCAAUUUGUCAUGCAUCCAUUUUCAGAUUUGGAAAAAUCGAAUGUUGAUACUAUCAUAAAUGGUGUGAGGCCUCCAAUUACAAAGAUUCCGUCUGGAAGACCAAAGAAAACUAGGAUCAAAUCUACUGGGGAAAUCAGUGGGAGUAAGAAGAUUGUCACUUGCAGUAGGUGUGGUUGUUCGGGACAUAACAAGGUUCUGUCUUCUUUGACUUGGAAUUCAAAGUCACUUUUGAUGGAAUUCAAAGUCACUUUUGGUUGUGCAUUUUUGCUUACCACUAUUUCUGCAUUUUCCCAGUAG